UUCAGAGUCAACGUUUUCCACUCUGAUUCAAUAAGGCGCUCGUGGAGGCAAUGUCUGAUAAUGAUCAUUAUCUGCUGAUAUUAAUUGCUUAUAACUUAAAGCUUUUUCCCACGAUAACAAGCCAAUCUUGCCUUGCGAUCGCCCGCAGAGCUUAGGCGAAAGCUUUCGUCUGCUUAAUCGAGCACGCAAAGCUCUUUAGCCUCAGUAGCCGGUAGACAGUUGGGGCUCAAAGACUGAGUCAGUCGUAUGUUUACGCUGUGAAAUUGUUUAGAAAAAAUUGCAUAUUAAGUAAUAAAUUAAUUGCUAUUCGUUCGACGCUAACAUAAUCUAUAACAAGAUUACACCGAAGAACCUUUGGAAGUCAGGAAUAAGCUGUCAAACAUUUAUAAACACACGAGCAAAGUUCAGAGAGCCACAUGGGAACUUUGUCGCUGAGCGACUACAAGGAUGUGCGCAUCUGGUCGCCCUGGGGUCACAUUGCGGGUCGCUGGUAUGGCAAUCGAUCGGAACGCCCCAUUCUGGCCAUUCACGGCUGGCUGGACAAUCUGGGCACCUUUGAUAGGCUGAUACCCUUGCUGCCCGACUACCUGGGCGUGUUGUGCAUUGAUCUGCCUGGGCAUGGAUGCUCCGCACGACUGCCACCGGGCAUGCACUACAGCACGGCCGAGUUCUUCCUCAUCAUAACACGUGUCAUGAAGGAGUACAAGUGGCCAAAGGUCUCGUUGAUGGGCCACUCGCUGGGCGGCGUCUUGUGCUACAUUUACACUGCACUCGCACCACACACUGUUGACCUGGUCAUCUCGUUGGACAUACUUCUAACCCCUUUUGAGUCACCUGAACUUUUGGAUUACUUGGCUUACUGUUUGGAUCAGUGCCUGGUGGAGGCUGAGCGCAUUGAAGAGGCUUUAAUGCGUGAGCCGCCUUCCUACACGCUGGCCCAGCUGCGCAGUGCCCUCAGCGAGGGCAGCAACAACUCGGUGCCGCCAGAACUUGCACAGCAUUUACUGUCCCGCAGCGUGGCCAGGUCCCAGAUGUAUCCGGAGAAGUAUUACGUUUCAAGGGAUGGCCGCACCAAGUGCCACAAUGUAUUGCUGAUCAAUUCCAGCCUCGCCGCUGAAAUGGCACGACGCAUCAAGAAAAACCCCUACCUCGUCAUAAAAGGAACAGAGUCCUCCUACAUAAACUCCAACGACGACGAGCUUCUAAAUAUUUUAAGAAACCAAAACCCGCACUUUGAAUACCACGAAGUGCCCGGCACCCAUCAUGUGCAUCUAGUCAGCCCCGAACUGUGUGCUCAGCACAUAGUUCCCUUCCUGAGGCACCAUCGACCUCCUCAAGUAUCCAGUUGGUCGCUAGCUGGCGAGGAGCAAAAGCUGGGCACUCGGAAACAUCACCUGGCACAGGAGAACUUCUAUACAAAGCGUCUUAGUACGCUAUAAGGGGGGAAGGGAAAAAGAAUAUGCAAUAAACCUGAACAAUGUGAUAAUAUUAA